CGACUACUAGAGGCGAAGUUGAUUGUAAACAUCGAACUGACGCCGAUAAUUUCAGCAAUCGAUGCACUCCUGAUCUAUCCAUACCGUCUUCCCAAUCCGCCGGCUUUCUCAUAAUGCCUCAGUCAUGUCAGGACAUCCGCGCUGCAUUGGCAUUCUGUCUCCAGAACUCAGACUGCAUAAUGGUUGAGCGAAAUUCUCCAGGCGACUGCCUCCGGCCACCCCUCAAGUACACACUCCCGACGCAGUGCCAGCAGUUGCAAAAAGGAUAUGCAGAGUGCAAGAAGGGCAUGAUUGAUAUGCGCAAACGAUUCCGCGGUAACCGACCAGUUGCGGUUCACGGGCAGCUCGAGACUGGCGCGUUUGGCAAAGGACGAGCAGAGGUGGACGAAAAAGUUGGAACAAUCGAAGAGAAAGGAUACAUGCUGUACGCGGGUCGACCAUAUAAGGGAGUCCAGGAAACAUCAGGACACGAAGAUCCGGACAGUCAAUCAAAUCAAGAGAAGCCUUCGAGGUAACGCCAUGACGAGAUUGGGACGGCAACGCCACCUAACGGAUCGCAUCUGUAAAUUAUGAAAUCAUGUAUAACAUCCACCUCAUGCAAGGAAUCCUGACGACUAUCUACCGUGCUGCCAAAAUUGGAAGCGGCCAGAUACGGACCAAAUUGAAGACAGCACCCAACGACCGGUGCGAUUGGAACCCAUAAGAAAAAUCAGGGAGCAUGAAAACCUGGUUGACCUUGGGAUGUAUCAAGGCUCUGUAUUUUAUGUGAGAACAAUUGUGAGAACCGUACAUGCUCAAUUUCGAUCCAUCGAUCGGUGCCUACAGAGAUCAGCAUAGUAACCCAUGUUUUCUUCGA